AUGGCGGCGUCUGCACCCUCCUCCUCCGGCGGCGAAGCGGAUCCCAACUCGACAAAUUUACGGCCACCGGGCUAUGACGCGUGGUGUGGAGUUGCUCAUGGAUGCACAAGAAAAUUGGGAAUGAAGAUAUGUGGAUUCCUGCAGAAGAACAACAGUCUGGAGGAGAGGAGCAGGAUCGUGAGCUCCUUCAAGGAGCGCGCGGCCAAGAACCUGCUGUCCUGCGAUAACAUCGGCGGAGACGCGCGUUUCAGGAGAACAGAGACCGACUUCUCCAAUCUGUUCGCCAGAGAACUAUUACCUGCCAAAAAUGGAGAGGAGCCAACCAUGCAGUUCCUGCUGGAGGUCGUGGAAAUCCUCACCAAUUACAUCCGCAAGACCUUUGACAGAUCCACCAAGGUGCUGGACUUCCACCACCCCCACCAGCUGCUGGAGGGCAUGGAGGGCUUCAACCUGGAGCUCUCCGACCAGCCCGAGUCCCUGGAGCAGAUCCUGGUGGACUGCAGGGACACCCUGAAAUACGGAGUGAGGACAGGUCACCCCAGGUUCUUUAACCAGCUGUCCACUGGCUUAGACAUCGUGGGCUUGGCGGGAGAGUGGCUCACCUCCACAGCCAACACCAACAUACACUUCUUCCCUCCUGCUGCUUCAGUCAUCAGCCCAGAGCUUCUCUUUAGAAAAAUCGCCCCUGUUUUCGUGCUAAUGGAGCAGCUGACACUGAAAAAGAUGAGAGAGAUCAUUGGCUGGCCGGAUGGAGAGGGUGAUGGAAUAUUUUCUCCAGGAGGAGCCAUCUCCAACAUGUACAGCGUGAUGAUCGCCAGAUACAAGUACUUCCCCGAAGUCAAGACCAAAGGAAUGGCGGCUGCACCCAGACUGAUCCUCUUCACCUCAGAGCACAGCCACUACUCCAUCAAGAAGGCCAGUGCAGCUCUGGGCUUCGGAACAGAGAACCUGAUCCUUUUGAACACAGAUGAGAGAGGGAGAGUCAUUCCUGCUGAUUUGGAAGCCAAAGUAAUAGCGGCCAAGCAAAAGGGGUAUGUUCCCAUGUUUGUGAAUGCCACCGCUGGGACCACCGUCUACGGAGCCUUUGAUCCCAUCAACGAAAUUGCAGACAUCUGCGAAAAGUACAACAUGUGGCUUCAUGUGGAUGGAGCCUGGGGAGGAGGUUUGCUGAUGUCCAGGAAACACAGACACAAGCUGAACGGAGUGGAGAGGGCCAACUCAGUCACCUGGAACCCUCAUAAGAUGAUGGGAGUGCCGCUGCAGUGCUCUGCCAUUCUGGUCAGAGAGAGGGGGUUAUUACAAGGCUGCAACUCCAUGUGUGCUGGAUACCUUUUCCAGCCGGACAAACAGUACGAUGUUACAUAUGACACAGGCGACAAGGCCAUCCAGUGUGGGCGGCAUGUCGAUAUCUUCAAGUUCUGGCUCAUGUGGAAGGCAAAGGGAACAGUAGGAUUUGAGCAGCAUAUCGACAAGUGCCUGGAUCUGUCAGCGUACCUCUACAAUAAAAUAAAAAACCGAGAGGGCUUUGAGAUGGUGUUCAACAGCGAGCCGCAGCACACUAAUGUCUGCUUCUGGUACUUUCCACCGAGCCUGCGAGGUCUGCCUGAUGGCGAAGAGAGGCGGGAGAGGUUGCACAAGGUGGCCCCAAAGAUCAAGGCCAUGAUGAUGGAGUCGGGGACCACGAUGGUGGGUUACCAGCCACAGGGAGACAAAGUCAACUUCUUCCGCAUGGUGAUCUCCAACCCCGCCGCCACCAGGUCAGACAUCGACUUCCUGGUGGAGGAGAUCGAGCGACUGGGCCACGACCUGUAA